UGACUCACUGCAUUUCAAUCUGUUUCGCGUAAAGAAUGGCGCAGAUCCGUCUUGUCCGAAAUUUUGUACCAAAAUAGCAGGCAUCAGGCUGUGUGACCUUGCUAUGGCUGAGCAGCUUUUUUUUUUAUAUAUACUUUGUUUUUUAGAAUCUUCCACUUCUUUUCUCCACCUUCAACCGCUCUUCUUCUAAAUCAAUCAUAUACUCAACUUUGAAGAAAAAAAAAUGCCUUCCGUUGAAAAGACCGUUAGCAGGCUGACAGAAUCACGAUGGUCGAUAUUAUAUAUUUUGCUGGCUACUCUACAAGCCAUCAUCAUUGUUGGCAUUCAAGCGGCCAUUGCCUAUGAAAACUCUAAUGAAGCUAAGAGAAUCAUGGUGAGCAACGUCGACUCACUCUUACACGACCAUGGGGACGCAAAUGAACGAUUUGACCGUAUGCGGUGGGAAAACGUUGCGUUCUGUGGCUAUCAAAUCUGGUUCUGUGCAAUGGCAUAUGAUUCCGUUGUCAACCAAAAUAUAGCUGAGGUCAUUGCUAUUUUCAGUAUGAACCUCAUCUGCGCAAUUCUAGGUGCACUGGAGAUUGUCGACAAUGAUCGUUGGAUCAAUACGCUGAGCCCCUUCAUUGACGUAUCGAUUUUGAAGACCGCCGGCAAAUUAGAGAUUGUUUUGGCCGUCAUAUUACCCGUCUUCGCCGUUGCUUUUGCACUGCCCAGUUAUAAGUUGACCAAGCAACUUGGUUGGACACGCUACAAGAAGAUUGGAGCUGACCUUGCCAUUGACAAAAUGUACCGUGUAUAUCAACAGUUCCUACUGGUUCUCAAGAUCGACAUCUUUACAGAGUUCAUCGUGUCCCUUUUCUUUGUUAUCAAAGGAGGUAUUGCUACUGAUGGCGUCAAGUCUACUACUCCUUGGAUUGAAUACGUUCAAGUUGGUGUGACGGCGUUGAUUUUACCAAUGCUAAUUGCUGCUCGAGUUGCUACCAACGCUGAGAACAACGCAGGCAUCAUCACAUUCAUCGUCUUUCAAAUCAUCGUCGUAUUCCACUUUGCCCUCAUGUUGUAUCUAACCAUUGGAGCUUCUGACAAAUGGGUCAUAUGGAUUUGCUUUGUCGUCAUUGGCCUAGUCAUUACUCUCACAACCAUUGUACUGGCCAUUAUAUGUCAGCGUAACUUUGGACAUGGUUUAAAAUCUGUCGUUCAGAAGAAACCAAAGGGUGAACACGAUGGUAUCAAGGAACUCCAUGCCCUUGAGGCUCAAGACUCGUGGAAGAUUGACGACUAGUCCCUAUGGAUACUUUAUCCUAUUUACCUUCAAAUGUGGUCUGUUUCCCGCAAACAGCAUUAGUAUAUACCAUGUAUCUAUACAAGCAUAAUCCCUCUGUCUCUCAUUC